ACUCAAGUGGAGUUCGAUCCCUAGGGUUUUGGUUCUGCAACAGUGAUUUGGUUUUGCAUUGCACGGUUUCUCCCUGGGUGAAUUCCAGAUUGUUUGGAAGCUGAAAUAACUAUAUCCACCUUGGGAAUUCUGAGCUUUUUUUUUUUCCUCUAUGAUUUCAAGCAUGCUGCUUUUCUUUCUAUAUGCAUAGACUGAGAGUUUGGUUUGCAUUCUACGUUAUGCUAAAUGGAUUUGGACUUGAUUGAUGUCGGAGAAAAAUGUAAAUUGGGUUGAAAACUGGUUUCAGUGGUUCUUUAGUUCUUUGAAUGGUGUAUGAAUCUGUUUAUUGAGCAAUGCAAUCCCAGCAGGGCUCCAGAAUCGAUUUAGGUGAAUUGAAAGCUCAGAUAGUGAAGAAGAUUGGGGCUGAGAGGUCAAAAAGGUAUUUUUAUAAUUUGAGUAGGUUUUUAAGUCAGAAGCUCAGUAAAUGCGAGUUUGAUAAGUCAUGUUACCGCAUUAUUGGGAGGCAGAAUCUGUCGCUGCAUAAUCAGUUGAUAUAUUCAAUCUUGAAAAAUGCAUGUCAGGCUAAUACUCCACCACCGGUUCAUGAAGCUCCAGUUAAAUCUUGGAUACAAACAGUGAAAAGGUCUCCUAGUAGACAAGAUGCAUGUGAACAGACUGGAUCCCUUGUUCCCAGCCAAAAUCAAAGUGUGGACAUUUGGUCAAACGGGGUUUUCCCAGUAUCAUCCCCUAGAAAGGCUAGGUCUGGAGUACGGGAUAGAAAGCUCAGGGAUAAACCCAAUCCACUUGGGCCAAAUGGGAAGGCUGAUAGUGUCUCACAUCACCCUGUGGGAAUGGAAGACAAUGCCUGUAAAUUGGAUUUCGAAAAUGGUGAUUUGAUUCCUUAUAAUUAUCAUAGACCAGUACAGCAUCUUCAAGCAGUUGCUGAGCUGCCUGAAAUUGAAAGAGAAGUUUUGGCGCACUCUACAGAAAAACGAAGUGCGCUUGGUGAAAACCAGGCUGAAGCAGCUUUUGUUGAAGAUGAGGAGGAGCUGGAGCAAGCUAACCACAUUAUUCUCUCCAGAAGCACUUUGUUACCACCACUUGGGAUUCCAUUUUGUUCAGCUAGUGUUGGUGGAACCCGCAAAUCUCUGCCAGUGGCAAGCGGUGGUGACUUUGUUAGCUACUUUGGGUAUGGUGGUUUAUAUGAUACCGAUACAUUGAAGAAACGCAUGGAGCAAAUCGUAGCAGCACAGGGCCUUGGUGGGGUUUCUGUGGAAUGUGCUAGUAUGCUGAAUAACAUGUUGGAUGUAUACUUAAAGAAACUUAUCAGGUCAUGUGUAGAGCUGGUGGGAUCAAGGUCUACUCCAGAAUCGAAAAAGCAGUUUGCCCACAAGCAACACCCUCAAGGCAAGCUUAUGAAUGAUAUGUGGCCAAGUAACCACUUGCAUAUGCAGAGUAGCUCUGGGCUUACAGAAGUUUUGCAGGAACCUGGGCAGCAUUGCUCGAUAUCUUUGCUUGAUUUCAAAGUGGCAAUGAAGCUAAACCCCCAGAAGCUGGGUGAAGAUUGGCCAUUGCUACUGGAAAAAAUUUGUGUGCAUUCUUUUGAGUCGUGAAUCCCUGCAAAAUUUUGUUUAUCCUGAAGCUGUGAUUAGAUCCUGUUCGUUCUGGUUCGAUGUUCUUGAAAAAAAUGAUCACUGAAGGUCCCAGUUCUUCCCCAUUACUGACAUUAACCAGAUGGUGUGCAGUUGCAUCCUCGCGAGAUGAAAUUAUGGGUUACAGUGUGGGGAUGCAUGUACCCCUGCCACAAAGCCAGGAUGGGUCUGGAAUUUUUUUUUUUUUUUGAGCAACUGAGCUAAGAUGCUUGAAAAGGAAGUGCUGACAAUCAGUUGCUAUGUUGUACGAUUAGGAUUGUUUUGGCUAUCUUCUGCCAUCUCAGCAGAUCUCAGUUUUUUUUUUUUUUUUUGUAAACUACAGCCAACAAGGAGGAAACUGAAGAAAGUUUUGCAGGAAAGCUGUUUUGUAGCUUGUUUAAAGGUUGGUUUGCAGAAUGCUUGCAGUUAUCUGCAAGUAUAUGGUGGAUCAAGUCAUAUACUCAGCAGCUUUCUGAUGUCUGACUAUCUGGAACAUGAAAAAGGGCAUUUGUAGAUGGUGCUGGAUCUCUUGUGAUAUAAAGAGGUAAAAGUUUCUCAAUUUUGAUAAAAAAAAAAUCUACCAACAACCCAUCGAUGUUCAGUAGGAGUCGGUAUGUUUACUUGCUAGUGCCGUUCUUCGAUUUCACUCUGCUCUAGAUAUGAGAGAUAAUUUUGCAGAAAUUUUCUUGUAAUUCACAACAUACAGAUGCUAUAUUUUGUUGA